GAUGCCAGGCGAAGGUCCAGGUGUCUAUGGUAGCCGAGAUGGAGGUGGUUAUGGGCCAGCAGGUGCCCAUUUUCUGCCCUUACACGGGGGUGGAAGAGCAGGAUUACCCUCUGGUGGAAUGGUUCACUAUGGACAAGACGAAGAGCAAGCAGCUGCGUGUGGCCUACAACGACAAGGGCAAGGUAGGAGUGGACAGAGGAACGGAGUAUACGGAACGGGUCUUCAUGGAUGCCAACAACAGCCUGGUCAUCACUGCCAUCGACGUGAAUGACGAGAAGCUGUUCUCCUGCCAAGUGACCAGCGGUUUCGGAAGUGACACUGGGAGGACCCAACUCAAGGUCUUCGAUAGCUGUGUGCACGGGCAAAAAUGGCUACCCCGCGCCAACCGUCAGCUGGUACAAAGAUGGGCAGUUUCUGAAUAUUACCACCGAACACAACAAAGAGCUCUACGAGGUGGUGAGGACGGUGAAGGAAGCCUCGGGACUAUAUUCCAGAUCCAGCGUACUCUACAUGCGUCCCAAAAAAGCAGAUAAAAACUCCGUUUUCCAAUGCAAACUCAGCUACAAGAUGCCAAACGGGGUAGUCAGCACGGAGGAAUCGCAACCUUUCAAUCUCACCUUGCAUUAUUAUACCGAAAAUGUGCAGUUUGCCUUGGAUUCGCCAAAAGUCAUCAAGGAAGGAGACGACGUGAAGCUGCAGUGCCAGGGCGACGGGUUCCCCCAACCCGAAUAUUCAUUCUCCAAAGUGCAGGAAAGCCAGAGGUAGACAUUCAGCAAACCAUCAUCCAAGAGCUGGAACAGACAGUGAAGCUCACCUGUACCGUUUUCGGCCAUCCUCAGCCAGAGAUCAGAUGGAGCAUACCUGGCGGGAAGGCUCCCGUAAAACACUCGGCAAAUAAAUAUAUUGCUGAAUUGUUAGUGGAAUUGACCCCCAAACUGAUCCAAAGCGGAGUUCAGUGCACCGCAGAGAACAAGUAUGGCUCAGCCAAAAGGAACUUUGAGCUGAAAAUGGUAACUCCGACACUCUCUGUCACUUCGAAGCCGGCUU